AUGCGAGCCAGACACCAAAAGCAAUGGGAAUUACUAGGGAAUGAGGUCCAACGCCUUUCCAUUCCUGCUUCUGGAUAUCAUGAAGUUGUCAAAGAAAGGCAGAAACGAAAGGAGUUUGAAAUAUUUGUUGGUGGCUUGGACAAAGAUGCUGCUGAGGAAGAUCUUAGGAAAGUCUUUAGUGCAGCUGGUGAGAUUUUGGAAGUCCAUCUUAUGAUGAAUCCCCAAACUCAUAAGAACAAGGGAUUUGCAUUCAUUCGAUAUGCAUCAGUUGAACAUGCCAAGCGAGCCUGUUCAGAGUUAAAAAAUCCGCAGGUAAAGGGAAAAGUUUGUGGGGUCUCGCCGAGUCAGGACAAUGACACACUUUUCUUAGGGAAUAUUUGCAAAACAUGGACAAAGGAUGCUCUCAAAGAAAGGUUGAAGCAUUACGGUAUUGAGAAUAUUGAGGAUUUGACUCUAGGUGAAGAUUCUCAAAAUGAGGGAAUGAACCGUGGGUUUGCCUUUAUGGAGUUCUCUACUCGUUCUGAUGCUAUGAAUGCUUACAAAAGGCUACAGAAACGGGAUGUUGUUUUUACCAGAGCUGCUGUUGCAAGGAGAUCAUCUUAUACAGAUAGCUAUGGAGCAACAAACAAUCUGAAAAUCACCAUGAAAGCACUCAGGGAAAGCAAAAAAUGA